UCAUUUUAUUUUCAGUAUAGAUUUAGCAUGACAAGUGAGCACAUAGGUCUCAUUUCAGUUGCGAAAUAGAGUGUUUAAUGGAACGGGUAUGACCUUCGAACGUUUGAAAGCCAAGUAAACAUUUCGGAAGUAAAAGAUUUGCGUGAAAACGAAAGAAAUUUAAUAAUUGUGAGACAAGACUGAAAAGCGAAAAUUAAUAAAAGAAAAAUAAAACAAGAAGUGAAAAAUAGAAGAAAUAAAUUUAUUUAAAAAGUUACAAAAAUUUAAUUAAAUAGUUUCUACAAACCUCCUAAAAAAUUUUUCGUGUUUCAAGUUAAAUAAAAAUAAAGCAUUUGUCCAGCAUCCGCCCCUUUUUCAAGUUAACAUGACAACAAAUUUAGCACUUAAGCCAUUCACAUUUUGUGUGCUCUUGUUGCUGUAUCUACACUUUGUUGUAAUUAUUGUCAAAGCAGAGCCGCAGCAACAUCGUCGACAACGUCAAUCAUACGCCGUUGCUGAUGCUGUUGACCCCGCUGAUAUCGAUGAUGAAUCAAAUGAGGUGCCUCCAAAUCAGCGAUUUUCCCAGCGUCGGAGAAAUGGACGUCAGCCGCAUGUGGAUGAUGCAAAUUAUCAGUUCAAUAAUCGUCAGUUGGCAACAUCGGGUUCACUGCAACUGACGCCUCGCCAACACCGUAAACAACAACAGCAGCAGCAGAAGCAGGAUGGAAACAAGUGCUCCAUUUGGGUGCCUGCCGAGCUCGUUCAGAAGUAUCCAUACGCCGAACGCAUCCAACUCGAUCAACGGAAUCAGCAACAAAAGAUUGAAGUCUGCUGCACUGGAUAUACACCAAUGCGUUGGCGUGGUAAUACCAUUUGCCGGCCGGUGUGUGAGAAUUGUCGCAAUGGCCGCUGCGUCGCACCUAAUGAAUGUGAAUGCUUCGAGAACUUCACGGCUACUGAUAAUGGCGAUUGUGUGUUCACCUGUCCGGUGAGUUGUCUGAACGGUCGCUGCUUUCUCGACGGCACCUGUCAAUGUGAUCCCGGCUUUAAGUUGGAUGAGACGCGAAAGUUUUGUCGGCCCAUUUGUAGCAGCGGCUGUGGCAUGAAUCCCCGACACAAUUGCACCGAACCAGAAGUAUGUGGCUGUGCGAAAGGAUAUCAGUUAACGGAUGAUGGCUGUCAGCCAGUAUGCGAGCCGGGCUGUGGUGAGGGCGGUGAGUGCCGAGAGCCCAACGAAUGUGACUGUGCGCCCGGCUAUGAGCUCAAGGAUGGUGUUUGUCAGCGCGAAUGUUAUCAAAAAUGUGACAAUGGCAUUUGCUACAGCAAUAAUCGUUGUAUCUGUAAUCCUGGUUACACAUAUCACGAACGUUCAACGCAGUGUGUGCCGAAUUAGUGUUAGUUUUAUAUAUUUCUGUAGGUGAAUCUCUAUUAAUAAAGUAAAAAUAAAAAUAUGUGUGAUAAUCAUAAUUGUAUUGUGAUAAUAAUUAUAAAAAAAUUAAACUUAUGUGAUUUAAUUAAAAUAGUUUUG